AUGUACAUAGAAAUAUUUCUAAUCUUAACUUCAUUAUCAUAUCAGCUCUAUUAUUGUAAAGUUUUACUUUUGUCACCUUAAUAUCCCACUUAACAAAAUAUUUUGAAUAUUAAGGAUAAUUGCAAUUAUGGUGUUUUUACUUACUAUACCCCAUUAAACUAAUUGAUAAAUAUAGCAAAAACACUAGAUUCGCCUUAAUAAUUCUAGUCACAUCUAUUUUCAGCUUAUUUUAAAGACCAUACUAUUAUUGCAUAUCAAAGCAUAAAUGCUGAAUUAUAUGAAAUUUAUCAUGUGAUAAAAAUAUAGUUGACUUUAGAUACUUUCUAGGAAUAUAAAUUUCAAUAAGAUUAUUUAUAAUACGAAGGUUAAGAAGUAGGAACGAUUUUCAGUUAUUCUUAGUAGCAAUAAUUACUAAAAUUAAAAGUUUAUACAAAAUAUAAAAUGGAUACAAUUGAGAUUGAUAAUAUUAUUUUAUCAUAAUAAAACGUCUAAUUUAGAUUUGGUGGAAUAAAUAAGGAUUUAAAUCUUAAGGGAUUUUAAGGAAUUUUAUUUCAAGUUCUAUGUGAAACUUAUUUUGAAAAAAUUGAAUAUCUAUAUUCUAUCUAUUGUUAUGAAUCACGCAAGGAUUAUUCAAUUGAAUCCAUGCAAUAUGUAUCUACAAAAGUAAAUAACCUCAAUAUGCCUGUUGUAAUAUAUUAAGAAUUUUAAAUGUAGCUUUGGAAUAAAUUUGAAACUAAAAUAUUUUCCUAAAGUUUGAUUUAGUUUUUGGUUAUUGAUACAUAAAAGGAAAUUAAUCCUAAUUACUCUCUGGGAAGAUAUACAUUUUAGUUAUACUAUCAAUUUUAAAGUGAUUAGGAAUUAAUAAUUUAUUGUAAAUAUUAUUCUUUUGAGUUUCCAUAUAACUAUUACAAUGAAGAUUACAUAAAAUCAUUAAUUAAAGAAAAAUAAAUAAUUAAUAUUGAUCCAAGAGAUAUAAAUAAUUGGCAUUAUAUUAAAAUUUAAUAUCAGAAUGAAAUUCUUCUAAUAUAAAUUUAUUUUCCAGAUUUAAAUUAAAAUAUAAUAGUAGAGAUAUAAUAGGUAAGAUAAUUCUCUUAAACUGCAAGUUAGAUAAUAAUAAAUGCAAAAUCAGAUUAGGAUUUAUAAAUAUAAGGUUAGAUUGCUUCUUUAAUUUUUAAUGCUUGUAUGUCAGAUUUUAGUAACUUUAAACCUUGUCAUUUAUCAUGCACUACAUGUUUUGGCCCAUUUUAUAAUAAUUGUUUAUCAUGUGAAGAGAAUUCAAAUCGAGUGUAUAAUGAAGUUGAAUCAACAUGCACUUGUCGUCUUUGGACUUUAGAAAAAAAUAAUAAUCAAUGUUAUAAUUUGCUAGAAGACUCUUUUGUAUAGAUUGAAUAUGAAUAGACUUCAGAUAUUUAAGGUUAUGAUUAGAUAGAACCUGAAAUAAUUUGCGCUUUUGGCUAUUUUUUAUAUGAUGGAGAAUGUAUUAGAUGGUAAUUAAUUCUUUUACAUUUAGUCCCUCUUAAUCAUAAAAUGGAUAUAUAAUAUGUAUUGAAUGUUUAAUGAAUUGGAAAACAUGGAUAUUUAAUACUACUUGUAUUAAUUAUGAAAUAAUAAAUAGUAAAUGGAAAGAUAUUUAUAUGUAUUCAAAAGUGGAUUUGAUAGAUUUAAUGUAAAAUAGAUUGUAUACCUACGGUGAUGAUGAAUUAAGAGUAUGUAAUUAUUGUUUUACUUUUUGUGAUCCUAUUCAGACCUCUUUGAACUGUCAUAAACUUAAUGUGAAUCAUUUAGGAUAAUAAGCCUAUGUCUAUUGUUUUUUUGAAUAUGAUGAAAUCAAUUAAGUUUGUUUACCAAAAUAAACAAUCGAGAAUUAUAAUGAAAACACUUGUGGUUUUAAAUGCUUAAAAUGUAAUUCCUAUAACAAAAUCUGUCUAUAAUGUGUUAAUAAGAAUGAUAUUCUUUAAUUAAAUAAAUAAGAUUGUCAAUAAUGUACAAUCCCUUAUUGUAAAUAUUGCUUUUAAUAUCUUCCUGAUGAUGAAAUUAUAAUAUCUACUUUGAUAAAUUAAGUUAAUUAAAAUUUUCAAUUUGAAUAAGAAUCUGAAAUUUUAAAUGAAGAUUAUUUAAUAGGAUGUGCAUUAUGUGAAUAAAAUUACAUUUUUAACUUUCUAUCAAUGAAAUGCGAACCUAAAUAAUCUAAUAAUAAUUUAUGCACUGAUUAUUAUAUCAAUGAAUAAGGCAAUCAAAUUUGUUUGACUACAUUAACAAAAGAUUUUAAUUAAGGAUAUGAAAUAUCUGAUUGCACAGAUUUUAUUGAAAAAUGUAUUAAAUGUAUUUAAUCAAAUAGAAAAAAACUUUUUUGUACUUAAUGUUCUAAUGGGUAUUAUAUAAAUAAUUAGGGUUUAUGCAAUUAAUGUAAUUAAUAAUUUACUGAAUGUUUACCUGAUUACAUUAUAGCAAAUAAUACAUUUAUUACACAAGUUUAACCAUUUCUUUAAGCCAUAUCCAAAAACUAUCAAAUAGCAUUUAGUAACUUUCAAUAUCAGGAUAUUUAUGGCAUUUGCAAAGGAAGCUAACUUUACUCUAGGUUAUGUUUCAUUGAAUUUUAAAUUCCUUAUUGUUUGCAAUAUUCCACAGAUUCUUGCUUAGAAUGUCAAUCAAGUCAAUAUUUAGAAAAAAUUACACUUUAUGAAGGUAGAUGUUUCAAGUGUCCUUAUUAAUGUUUAUAUUGUUAACCUUAAACACUCACAGAAUAAUUAUAUUGUUUAUAAACUAAUUUUGAAUAACUUUCUAUUGAUUAAUUAACUGGUAGGCCUAUACCAAAAGCACAGAACAAUGUGAAAUACAUUUAGAAUCUAAUAUACUCUUUCGACAACUAUAUUUAAUUUUAUGAAAUUGAAAGCAACCUUACAUUCUCAACAAUUACAAUUAAUAUUGAUGUAUAUAUCUAGUAUUUUAAUAAUUUUCUUGUUGAUAUACCAUAUGGAAAUCCUAUUUAUAGUGAAUUAUAUAUUAGCAAAUUGAUUAUUAAUUCUAAAUUAGAAGAAUUAAUGGUUUGUCCCUUUGGCUUUAAAAUAUACGAUUUUAAUGAAAUAAUUAUUAAAGAUUUUUAAAUUUCACUAAAUGAACAAUUUUGUGGGAAUAUACUCAAUAUUCGAUCCGUUAAUGGAACUAAGCUAACAUUUUAAAAUAUUACAAUUACACUAGAACAAUAAAUAAAUUUACAUAAAAUUUUGUUUACUUUGGACGAUAUAAAUUUUCUAGAAUUUCAUUCAGUAACAUUUGAUUUUAUUUAAAUCUAAAAUAUUCCUAUGUUUUAUAUUAAAUAAAACAAAACGUAAAAUGGUUUAAGUAUGAGGCUAGAAAAUGUCAUAUUUAAAAACUGCUUCCUUCUUAACACUAGUAUAAUAUAAGUAGAUCUCACAGAUCCUAAUAACGUAGAGAAUUUUAUGUAUUUUAAUAACCUUACCUUUAUCAAUUGUACAUUUAAAUUUUCUCAUUUAAUUUUAAUUGCUGGGGAACAGAAUAAAUUGUUCUUAUCAUACAUUAGUUUUUCCGAAGUAUCAAUUAUGAAUUCCAUGAUAGAGGGAUUUUCAUUUAUAAAAAACUAUUAAGCAAAUUCUUAAAUUAUUUAAGGUAUUAAAAUUUAAUAAUGUAAUUUAACCAAAACUAAUUUAUUUUUGAUACAUAGUUCUGCUCAAUUCUAAAAUAUCGAAAUUGCUGAAACAAAAUUUUUUAAUUCUAGUUUACUUUCAAGCUAAUCUAAUUCAAGAUUAUUUCAAUACUCCUUAAAACUUGAGAUUUCACAACUAUAUCUUAUUGACAUAUUCUCAAAUAGUAACUUAAUUAAAAUUUAUCAUGAUUACUAUAUGGAUAUUAAAAUCUAAACUAUUUUAAUUGAUAUUUUAAAUUAGACUGUGGAUUAAAAUUAAAUAUAUUUUCUCAUUUCUAUUUAAGCUAAAAAUAUUUUAAUUUAAGAUUAUUUUUGCUCAAAAAUUAUUUCCUCCAGUUUUUAAAUUAAUAUUAUUAAUUCAAUGUACAUUAAAGUUUAGAAUGUAUAAAUUUAUGGUUUACAAUCUAUUAAUUUGAUAAGUCAUGAAAGAUAAUUAGAUUUUAAUUUUGAACCAACUUUACAAAAUUUAAUUCAUAUUCAGAGUUCGAAAUUUAUUACAUUUAUAGGAUUUAAUAUCACCAAUUUAAAAAUCUAAAAUUCAAAUUUCAUUAAAUUAUCAGAUGAUUCAAAUGUUCUGGAAGUGUUAGUUUCUGGCUUUUAAAUUAAGAAUAUAAUACUUAUUUAAGAAUUUGGAAUUUAUGAAACAUCUUUAAUUUAAUUUUAAAAUAGUAAAGCAUCAAAAGUAGUUUUUGAUAAUUUUUAAUUUUCAUAUAUUUUUGGUAACUCUUACGAGAAAAUUAGAAAAACCUCUAUUUAAUUAUCUCUCAUUUCUUUUCUAUCAUUUUAGAGUGAAAUUAUGCUUACCAAUUUUAAAUUCGAUAAUACUCUUAUUACAUAUACUUCAAAUGCCCUUGUUUAUAUUGAAUCAAAACAAAUUUUAAUAUAAAAUUUAACAAGUACAUUUGCUAAUAUACAUACUGAUUGGUUAUAUUAGUACAUAAAUACCAUUUAUUCUAAUUUAUCAAUAAAAGUCUUGGAGUAGUUGUUCCCUAUAUAAUCUGAAGGAAGUGUUUUUAAUAUUUAAUCUUAGUAUCUAACAUUUAUCAACAUGUCUUCAAUGUUUUCAAAAGCUCUCUAAGGGGGAUUUUGCAAAAUUGAAUUAGUUUUAGAAAGUGAAUUUAUUAUAAAUAAUUUAUCAAUUAUAGAAAGUAUAGCAAUAGGGGAAAAGGAAAGUAAAGGAGGAGCCUUUUAUGUAAAUGCAAAGGAUUCAAGUUUGCUUAUGAAAUUCAUUAAUAUUUAGAUUAAAAAUUCUUACAGUCUUUAUGAUGGGGGUUUCUUGUAUUUAAUUCCUUCUAAUAUUUAUAAUCGACUUGAAUUCAGAAAUAUUACUGCUUAAAAUGUUAUAUCGUUAUUUAGAGGCUUUUUUAGUAUAGAAUUUUCUCUUUAAUCCUAAUAUAAUUUUGUUAUUUUAAGCAAGAUUUAAGCAAAUGUAUAUUUUGAUGCAUUUUUAAAUAAUACAAAUUAAUAUUAAGAAUUAAAUGAGAAUGAAUUAUCUUAUAUUAGGGAAAAUAAUGGAUAUUUUUAUCUUGCUUACUGGUAUUCAAAAUUUUAUAAUUUAGUAAUUUAACUAUUAAUGAUAUUUUUUUGAGUUUUGAUGUAAUUAAUUAACCUGUCUUCUCUUUGACCAAAAUUGAAAAUAUGAAAAUUUUAAAUAUUAAUUUAUAAGUUGGAGAACUAUUGACUAAUUCUUUGAUCUUAUUUGAAUCAUAUAAAAGUAUAUUAUAAAUAUUUUUGUAGAUUCUCGAUUGAAAUAUUUACACAUUAAUCAAUUAACAUUAUAAUAAAACUAAUUUAGAUUAUCUUCAUUUUAUAAAGAACCAUGUUUCUAAAUAUAAAAAUAAGAGAUACUUCUCUUAGAGAAUUCAUAAGCUAUUUCAUUUUUUUUGAAACAAAAGAAUUGCUUAAUAACUUAGAUUAUACUUAGAAGUCUGCCUCCAGAUUAAUUAAUAUCAAUUAAAUUUUUUGAUGAUUAGCAAAAGUUCUUAAUUUAAGAUUUGACUAUUGUUUAAUUUUCUCAUAUAACGUUUUAACUUGGUUUAUUUAACAUUCAUUAUUAAAAGUAUUUUAAGUCAAGAUUGGAAUAAUUAAACUUUAUCAAUAAUAGUUGUAGUUCAAACAAUAAACUCAAUAUUAGUUCAUAAUAAUUAGGACAAGAAGAAUAAAUUAUUUUGAAAAGACAUGUAUUUUAUAAUAAUUCAAAUUCUAAAGAUGGAUAAGUUUCUAUUUCAAAUGUUAAAUUUAAAAUAUAAUAAUCUUUAUACAUUCAUAAUACUGCUUUAUAAAAAGGAGGAGCAAUAUACCUUUAAAACUCUCCUUUCUAUAUAAAAAAUUCAGUGAUAUCAGAAAACGAGGCAAAUCAAGGUGGUGGAAUAUUUAAUAAUAAAAUUUUUAAAAAUGAUCGAGUAAAAUCUUUAUCAACAACUUUAUUUUUUAAUAAUAGAGCACUUUACAAGACAAAUAAUUAUGGAUAAGAGUAUUAUUAAUUAAAAAUUUAUACAAAUGUAUAGAUUAAUUAUAUUAUAAAUAAUUCAUUUGAAAAUAAAUAUUCAACAUAAAAUGGAAUUAUAUUGCUGCAUCUACCUAGUGGUUAAUAAUUAUAAUCAUAUAGAGAAUUUGAUAUGAAAAGUUUAACAUUUAGUAAUAAUUCUUUUAUUUUAAAAUUGAGAAUUUAAAAUUAUUUUUAAGAAGAUUAAACUCUAAAUGAUUUGUAAACUUUAUGCAAUAUAGAAUAAGAUUUACUGAAUGAAGAUUUUACAAUAUUAUAGAAUAAUUUUUCUUAUACUUAGAAAUAAUUUAAUACUGAUGAAAAUGCACUUAAUUUAGAAGAUACUUCUUUUAUUUUAAAUCCAUAUACCAAUAAUCAAUUAUUAGUAAGAAUUAGUUGUGAUGCCAUCGAGGAUGCAAAUUAUAAAUUUAAUUUUUAUGUUAAAACAAUUAAAUGUUAAAUGGGAGAAUAUUUCCUAGAUGAUUAAUGUCUAGCUUGUAAUGCAUCAAAAGGAUAUUAUAGUAUAAAUCCUCUUAUUGGUUAAUGCGAAAAAUCAAAUCCAUAUUAUAUAAGAAAUCAUACUGAAAAUUUAUUAGAUUUAUACCCAGGAGUUUGGAGAUAUAAUUUAUAUUCAUCAAUUUUAGAGUAAUGUUCGAAUUAACCAAAAAAUUGUCUUGGAGGAUGGAAAAUUGGAGAUGAAACAUGUUUGAAAGGAACUAUUGGAGCCCUUUGUUAAGAAUGUGAUCUAUACAAUACAAGAGGACUUGGGAAGUAUUCAAAAACAGCAGAAUAUACUUGUUUACUAUGUGGAAAUCAGGGAAUAAUAUUAUUAGAAUUUUUCUUUGUUUUUAUUUGGGUUUUGAUAUAGAUUACUUUAACAGUCAAAAGUACCCAGUUAUAGAAUUAAAACUUUCUUUAUUGCAAAGCAUAAACUAAAAUGUAUGAUAUACUUGUGCGAUUAUCUUAAGGUAUUAAUAGUUUUUUAAUCUUAGAUCAAUCAGGAACUGUUAUUAAAUUAAUUAGUAAUUACUUUUAGAUAAUUUUAGUUGUUUAUACUUUUUAAUUGAAUUUUAUAUCUGAUAUUGAGGAUCUAUUUAAAUUUGUUGGAAAUGCCACAUAUUCUAAUACAAAUAAUUUUGACUGUUAUCUCUCUAAUAUGGAUAUAGAUUAUAUUUAUUUAAAUCUUGCUUUCAUUAUUUUAGUUCAAAUAAUUCAGUAUAUAUUAUUUAUUUCGCUUUCAUUUUUACUUUACCAAUUAUAACUUAACAAAUUCUCCCAAGAAACAAUUUAUUCAUCAUUCUUUUAUUUAUAUUUAUCAGGCUUUUUAAAUUUAAUUAAAAUGUAAAAUUAAUAUUUAUAAUUUUAGACUAUCUUCUUUAUUAACCCCAAAGAUGUAUGGAAAUCAGGAAUGGAUAAGUGCAAAUGUUGCUCAUAAAUAUUGGACUCCUGUACAUUUAAGAGCUGUUUAUUUUUUUAUUAUACCUUUGAUGAUUUGCUUUGGUUUGAUUUUUCCAAUUAUUUUAUUUAUAACUCUUAAUCAGAAUAAAAAGAAUUUUAAUAAUUAUUCUAUUAAACAAAAAUUUGGGUAUCUCUUUAAUGAAUAUUAAAAAAAUUAUUAUUAUUGGGAAUUAAUCAGAUUAAGUUAAAGACUUUUACUUACUUUAAUUAUUGUUUUAUUAUAAGAUUUUAUUUUUACUAAAGGGAUCUUAUUAAUUUGUUUACUUUUUACUUAUUACCUAAUUUUUACGAAUAGUAAACCUUAUAAUGUAGGAAAAUUAAAUAAAUUUGAAAUAGAUUGUUUAAUUCUUUGCACAAUCUCUUUAUUAUUAUGCCUUAUUUAAUUUUCAAUAUAAGAUAAAUCCAUUAUUAUAAAUUACAUCAUUUAAAUUUUAAUUUUAAUUUCAUUACUAUAUCUUGUAUAUUAAAGUAUAAUUAAAUUUAUUUCUGUUCAUAUUUCAAAAUAUGAAGGAUUAUUAGAUACUAUUAAAUUGGUUAUAAAAAAAUACAUUAAAAUAGAAUUUGUUUAAAAGUCAAAAUAUUUAGAAUUAAAUGUUGAAAGGAGAAGUAGAAUCAAACGAUUGUUUAGGAUUUUGAAAGAUCGUAUAAAUAAAAGACAGAAACAACCUGCAGUACUUACGAACAUAUUUUCAGAUCAUAGAUAUACUUAGAUUUCAUUGGAAGGAAAAGAUGAACAAAGUUAAAAAUAAAGACUUUUUUGA